GGUCAAAAACUUUUCAUGGUUGGUAUAUCUAUCCUCUUCCAUAUGAGAUGUCUAUUAAAGAGUUUUUUGACAAACUCAUUAUUGAAGAAAUAUCGCCAGAAUACAACAUUAAUAUAGACCCUUUUGAAAUUAUUGAGAGCAUUGAAUUGAGUCAAUCUGUAAAUACAACAACUAUUCAAGCAGGUUUUGAUUGUGAAAUAAUUAAAGUAACAAAAAUAUUUGGUGUAAAUAUAUAUUACCACCUUAAAUCUAAUAAUUCUACAACUUCUCAUUCAAUAUCUUCUUCAAAUACUCUUGAAAUACUUAUGCAAAAUUUACGUAAAAAGCAAAUAUACUUACCAAAAUUUUUUGGUCGUGCCAACCCUAAAUCGUAUAAAGUUACACAAAAGCCUUUUGAUGCAGAUGAAUUAAGUCUUCAUUGUCAAACUCUUGCAUUAUUUACAACAUCACUAUAG